UAGGAUUCAGGGACGGUGUUAGGAUGUGACUCUUUAUUUAUCGAGUGUUUGUUUACGAAUAGGGGAGGAUUCUCAAAAUAGACAAUUCGACGGAAGUUUAACAAGAUCGUUUGAAAUUUUUUUUAAUUAAUUGCUAGCAAACGAUAGUUCGCGAUUAAAUUGGCAACGAAGUAAUUCAAGAUUCUUUAUCUAACGUUCUUAAAGACAAGACAAGAGACUCAAAAAAAGAAAAUAUGACGACAAAUUUUACAACUAAUGUGGAGAUAAUUACUUCAGAUGGAGUGGUGAAAACUUUGAUUGUUGAUCAAGAGAGAAAGAUAACUGGCGCUUAUCAAAACUUCAGAAAUAUACCUGGUGCUUUAGUAGCUUGUUAUGGACAAUGGGUAGAGGUGUUAGAUUUAAGUCAUAACAAAUUAAGGGAUGUAAGAAGAUUGAGAUCAAUGACUCAGUUACAGACUUUGAUACUGGAUCACAAUCUCAUCGUAUCCACGACACUUUUUCCCAAGCUGCUCAACUUAAAGGUUCUCUCGUUAAAUUAUAAUCUCAUCUCUGACAUCCAGCUCUUCAUCCCUCCUCUAGCCAGAGCAUGUCCGAAUAUUCAACACCUCAGUUUGAUGGGUAAUUUGGCUUCCGUUAGCUCAGUCGCUCCGACCUCAGAAAAAGAACAGGAAGAAUACAGGAAUUUCGUCGUUAGCCAUUUCGAACACUUGCAACAUUUAGAUGAUCAACCCGUUUCUACCUUAGAAAGAGUGAGAAACGAGAAGAGAGAGUUGACACUGAAGGAGAAAUUCCUGAAUGAAAUUUCCGACAUUAAAACAGCCUGCGAAAUCAGACUUCAACGAAGCUUAAGCUCAACUAUUGUGUGACGUUACUUAUUUAAUGUUAACCUGUGAUUAAUUUAACAACAUGUUUUGCAGUAUUAGGUUUUGUUUGUAGAUUAAUUGUGGUAAAAACAUUGAUAUACUCUUGUAAUAAAUUCCACAUUUAAGUGGAAACAAAAUUGCUUGAAUUAUUUUUGAAUAUAUUAUAAUCUCAUUGUUUACUAUUUAUCAAAAUGUGAAAAAAAUAUUAUUUUGAUCAUUUGCUGAGAAUAAAUGUUUCUUCUUGUUGU